AUGUCCCAAUCGAAAAUCAAAGCAGUCUUUUUCGACUUCAUGGGAACAUGCCUCGACUGGCAUAGUAGCGUAAUGCAAGCACUACCCACUGCAAUCCCGAAAGACGAAGCAUCAAAAUUUGCCCUGGAAUGGCGCAGGCAAUAUUUCUUGGAAAACAGCAAGCGCGUCAGCGAAAACCUCCACCCAGAAGACAUCGAUAUCACCCUUGCCCGCACCCUGGACGCCCUUCUCGACCAGUCACCCGACCACAAACCGCAUUUUGACGCCGAGACUAGAAAUCAAGUUAUCGAAGCAUGGCACUCGCAGAAAGCAUGGCCCGAAGUUUCACAUGCAAUCAAGAGUCUUCAACAAGAUCUCGGUCUGGAAGUCUUCGUCCAUGCGAAUGGUACAACACGGCUCCAGUUAGACUUGACUCGGUCUUCCGGAUUGGAGUUUGACAUGCUGUUUUCUAGCCAGUUGCUGGGUGCUUACAAGCCUCGCCCGGAGGCUUAUCAGAAGGGGUUGGAGCUUGUGAAGCUUCGGCCCGAGGAGGUGGUUUUGGUUGCGGCGCAUGCGUAUGAUUUGCGGGGCGCGCAGAAGUGCGGACUAAGGACUGUCUAUGUUCAUCGCUGGACUGAUGAUAUUGAUGAAGAUAUGGAGGUGGUCAAGACUGAGUUUGACGUCUUUUUGGAGAAUAUGGAUGACCUUGCUGGUGCCAUUCGGGAAUUGUGA